CGCCUUCACUAAGUGGGUGGGGCUCGACGUGUCUUCUGACUGUUUGUGCUCAAAAGUGGCAGCUCUGCUCUCGCCAAGGUAUCACAAUUUUCCCGCUCUUCAGAAAUGGCGAUUAUAUUUACUUCGGUGCGGGUGCUGCUUGGAUUGUUUUUCAUGCUCACUGGUGUGGUAAAGCUCACGGACCAGAUCUCAGCAGAGGUUUACAGCGAGAUGAGAUCCCAGUUUGUCAAUUUUUCAGAAGUCUUCCCCUUGAAAAUAUUUGGCAUAACACCUGAUCCGCUUCAGUAUCUUCAAGUGAUUGGCUGGAUAGAGACAGUGGCUGGCAUUUUACUGGCAUUUGGACCUCAACUGCUGCAGGAAAUCAGUAACUUAGUUUUGUCUAUCAUCAUGAUCUUGACUCUCUUCACGCUCUUCAAACUGCAGGAGCCAAUGUCAAGGUGUGCUCCAGCUACUGUUUGCCUUGGCUUGCUGUUGAUGUUAAGUCUGCGUGGACGGUGUGGAACAAGGUGCAAGACCAAAUCUGAGUGAAUUGCUCAUCUGGACUUUUUGUCUAAUUAGAUGUGACCUCACAAUAAAUUGACUCAAGUGGUGGUGCCUGCCAAAGCAGAUUUUCACUUAUUCUUCUUAAGAUUUUCUUUUUUUAAAGCGGUGGUUUUGCUUUCCAGGAUAUUGUCUUUAUUUUUUUUCUUAAAUGUUUCUGAUCAUUUGUUUUAUUUUGUCCAGAUUAACGUCUGGCUGGUAAUUAUUGCUCUCCUUGGCUGUAUUUGAAUUUUCCACACAGCAAAAUCACCAGUGUUAAAUUAUCAAUUAGUGUAUAUAUUUAAACUGGGGUGGCACAGUGGUAGUGCUGCUUCUUCGCAAUGAGGAGGCUGAGGUUCAUGACCUGGGUUCUCCCUGUGUGGAGUUUGCAUGUUCUCCCUGUGUCUGCUUGUGUAUUCUCAGUGUUGCCCAUUUUCCACCUAUAAUUCAAAGACAUCCUGGUUAGGUGGAUGGCAUUGCUAAAUUAACCCUAGUGUGUGGUGGGUGUACUCUUUAUGAUGGACUGGUGCCCUGUCCAGGAAUUGUGCCCGCUGCUAGCUAGGGAAGUGUCCAGCUUCCCUGCAACCCUGCUCAGGAUAAAUGGGUUUGAAAAUGAAUGGAAGAAUAUUUAAACUGUUUCUAUACUGUAUACUUGUUAACACUGUCGAUUUCGCUGUGCACUCCAACUUUACUGUGUGGAUUUGUUUUGCAGCUUUUAAUUUUUUUAUUAAAUAAUGAAAGAAUCAAUUUUCAGUUUCUAAUAUGUGAAAUUGUUUGCUUUAAAGUGACUUUUUAGUUAUGGUGUUUAUUCUUUUCUGUGGUGUAUUUUAAUUUAAUUGGAUGUACAUUUCUCUUGUGAGUCUAUCUUGGUAAACAGAUCAAUAGUCAUCUGCAGAGUGAUUACCUGAUGUCUAAAAGUAUACAUUACAAUUUUGGCCACAAUGAAAUUGUAAAAGCCAUUGAUUUGAACCUACAAUUAGGCUGAUGGCCUGUAAUGGGCUGGUCCAGCGUUAGUUACAGUCUUGGGUCCAGUAUGUCCAGGACAGACACCAAUUCUCUGCAAAUAUGAAUGGAAAAAGAGUUUUGAAAUGGAUGGAUGGAUUUAUAUUUAUUUUUUUAAUCAGCACUUAAAUGAUAUCAACCAUACAUUACAUUUAUUUCCAUAAUUCUUUAAUGGGUUUUCUGAAAUGUUAAGCAACUUUCUCUGGGUCAUUAUAGUGGUCAGUGAUGGGAAUAAAGCAGCAACAAUGUGCUUUAUAGAAAAAUGCCAAAAGGAUUGUGCCACAGGGCUUGCUUUUUAAAACAAA